AUGGCAUACAAUCCCUACGGUGGCCCCUACGGCCAGCCGCCGCCCAACUACAACCCGUACCCCGGCGCCAACCAAGGGCCCGGCAUGGGCUACCCGCCUCCAGGCAUGUCUCCUGCUGCUGCUGCCAAUGCCCCUCCGGGUAUGGCUCCUCCGCCUGGUGUGCACCACCAGCCGCCAAGUGCGCCACAAGCUAAUCGACCACCAAGCGGACCCCAUGGAUAUGGAGGCGUAGGGGCAGGCCCGGGAGCAGGCGGCGGACGUGGCCCGCCCGGUGGUUACGGCGGCCCGCCUGGCCACUACGCACCAUCCUUCCAGCCCCCGCCCAGCCUCCCCGGCAACAUCAACUUCAACGCGCCCGUCAUUCGCCUCGGCGGCGCCAACGGACCACCCCCCGGCCCCGGCGCCUCGUCGCUCCCAGCGCGACCCAACAUCCCGCCCGGUCCGAGCGGCUACAACAACGGCAUGCCCACGGGCCCUGGUGGUGGUGGUGGACGGCGAGUCGGCGAGCCGGAUACACCUCUCUCGGCACACAGUCACAGCGGAAGCGGUACACCGUUACGGCCCGAUUUUCGCCAAGAUCGCUUUGGCGGCGGCGGCGGCGACCGAUUUGAGCGAGGCGACCGUGGAGACCGGGGAGACCGAUUCGACCGGUAUGGUGGGGACCGCAACGACCGAUAUGGCGGCGACCGAGACCGUGACCGUGACCGCGACCGCGACAACAGAGGCGAGCGCGGCGAUCGCGACCGCAAUGGCGGCCUCGAGCAAGCGCGUGCGGCGAUCCGCGAUACGAUGCAUUCACAGGCACCACCUACAAACGACGAGAAGCUACGGACCAUCUUUGUACACAAGGUGCCCGCGGCUGGUGUAGGCGGCGAGGCGGGUCUGCAACAGCUGCUGGGCCUUGCGGGUCGGCUACGGCGGUUUGAUGCAGGCACAUCGCAUCUGACGGACAGCAAGGACUCGCUGUUUGCGUUUGCCCAGUACGAAGAUGCCAAUGCGCUGGCAUCGGCACUUGCUCUCUUGAAGGACGUAUAUGUGCCAGUGGAGAGGCAAGUGAACAAGGAGCAGGAUGGCAACGAAAACAAAGACGAGGAGACGAAGGACAGCGGAGAUCAGGAGAAGGAGGACAAAAAGGGCCACAAGGACGAAACAGACGAUACAGAAGAGAAGGAGGAGAAGAACGAAGGUGACGACGGCCCUGAUGACACAGACGACCCAUUCAGGGGCAUCAAGAAGGUGCGGCUGCAAGUCGCCGUCGACCCGGUCAGCCUCAAAUACAUCGAGUCGUUCCAGGAGAAGCAGAGCGACGAGGCCAAGGCCGAGGCGAAAUCGAAACAGGACGCACUGCGGCCCGCGUUCGAAAAAGCAGUGCACAGCCUCUUCUUCCCGCCCAAGAUCGACCCAGCCACUGCUGCCGCCGCCGCCGCUGCUGCCACCGCCGGCGGUGCCAACGGCAAUGGCGAUGUCAUGAUGACAGACAUCAACGGCAUCCCGCUGCUGACCGGUAGCGGCCUAGAUGGCCUUGAGGGCCUCAACAUCCCGCUCGGCGCGGCUGCCGCUGCCGCUGCCGCCGCUGCAGACGCCACGCAAGAAGACGAACUGGCAGACGUGCCUGCCGAGAUGCGCGAGAUGGUGGCGGCCGAAAUCGCGUCGUUCCGCGAGCAAAGCACGAGGCGCGACCUGGAGCGGCUCAAGCGGGAGCAGGAGAUGGAGGAGCUGGAGCGGCGGCGGAACGGCGAGGACGCGGCCGUCCCGUCGCGACAAGGUCGGCUGGAGUCCCCGGGUCCGACGAACAGCGUGCCACUGGGUCCCCGCAGUGGUGGCGGCGGCGGCGGCGGUGUCCAUCCGUCUCGUGCAGGGUUCGUCAACGGCGGCCGUGAGAAUGGCGACGACCGCCGCGACCGACGGGACCGUCGCGAUCGCGAUCGCGAUCGUGACUCCGACCCCGACACGGAGGCCAGCGACGACGAGCUCUACCGCCGCGAGCAGCGCAAGAUCCAGGCCGAGGACGAGCGGCUGUACAGCGAAGCCGAGCGCAAGUGGGCCACGCGCGAACGGCAGCGGGCGGCCGCGCUCGAGCGCGAGCGCGAGCGCGAGCGCACCGAAAAGGACAACGAGGCGCGAUUCCGCGCGGACGCCCUGGCGCGCGACGCCGCGUGGGACGACGAGCGCGAGGCCAGCCGCAAGACGGUGCUCUACUACCGCGACCACGCGGCGUGGCUGCGCAAGCGGGCAAACGACCGGGCCACCGAGGAGGCGCGCGACGCGGCGGACCGGCGGGCCGAGCAGGACGAAGCACGCAAGCAGGCGGCGGCGAUGGAGGCGGUGCGCUCGCAGGCGGACUCGUUCCUCGACGGCAUGGGCAUCCACGGCGAAGGCCAUGGCGAAGGUGCGGACGCAGCAAAGCACGAGGCACAGGCGGCGGAGCAGCAAAAGGUCACCAUUUCGUUUGGCGCGGCCGCCCAGCGCAACCAGGCGCAGCGCGGCGCCGCCACGCGGCGCACGGUGGCAGAGGUCGAGGGCCUGCUGGACGACGGCGAGCACGAAGGCGCCACCAAGCGGCAGCUCGUGCCCAUCAAGUUCGAGCCCAUGGCGGCGUCAGCGCGCAUGUCGGACGAGGAGAUCAACGAGGCCGUGCGGCAGCUCGUGCAGGAGAUCCCGACCACGCAGGAGGGCCUGUGGGCGUGGCCGGUCGAGUGGGCGUGCAUGGACGACGCCGUGGUGCGCGACAAGCUGCGGCCGUUUGUCGAGAAGAAGGUCGUCGAGUAUCUGGGCGUGCAGGAGCAGUUUUUGGUGGAGGUCGUCGAAGAGCACCUGCGCAAGCACGGCACGCCGCAGGCGCUGGUGGAAGAGCUGCAGGAGGCGCUGGACGAGGCGGCCGAGGACCUGGUCAAGAAGCUGUGGCGGAUGGUCAUUUUCUUCACAGAAAGCGAGAAGAGGGGAUUGCCGGCGUGA